GGUUGUAUCUCACGUCUGCCACUGCAAACUUACGUACGUGAAUGAUUAUUUAGAACAUUUGUUUAACUUCUAUCGUUUUAUAAUAUAGCUCAUCAAAAUUUUUCACCUGUGAUUUUUGAAUCUACAACUACUGAAGCCCGAAAGGUCACUCGAUUAAUUCGUGCUGAUUGGGUUCAACCGUUACAAGCUUAUGAAAUGCAGCAACGACACAUCGACACAGUAAUGUAGCUUAACAGGACCAGGAGGCGGAUACAAAUAUCCGGAUUUAAAACCCGUUUUGAGUUCUGCUGCAUUUAAAAAAGAAAUAAUCUUCAGUGGACCAUUUGAAGGGAAUACAUCAACAAGAUGGGUUUAAAGGCUCGUGAAGGGUGCUGCAAGAAUGCCAUGAAGUUUUUGUUUUCCCAUGUGGGACUUUGCGGAAUGGUUGUAUUAUACUGUGUCGCGGGAGGGUUCAUCUUUGAACAUCUAGAGAAAAAUAACGAACAGCAGAUUUGUUACGACUCAAAGGAGGAGUACGAACCCAUGGAGAACAAAACCCUCACGAACAUGUUAAACGUUAUCACAGAGAACGACGGAAAUCCGGAUAAAUCUGUUAUGACGAUUCAGCUCCGGGUUUUACUUGAGACCUUCCGGGACAACAGCAUUGCUAUAGGAUAUGACGGAAGUGUAUGCGCGGAUUACGGGAAGGCGGACGGUCCGACGUACAAGUGGUCUUGGCCAGGAGCCCUGUUCUUUUCUGUCACCGUCAUCUCCACCAUAGGAUACGGACACAUAGCGCCUAAGACGUUCUGGGGCCGACUGGUAUGUAUCGCCUAUGCUGUAUUGGGUAUCCCUCUCAUGUUAUUGUGUCUGGCCAACAUCGGCGAUGUUCUGGCUGACAUCUUCCGAUUCAUCUACGCCAAGAUCUGCUGCUGCGGAUGCUGCAGACGGAAGGACAAGACAAAGGUCGUACAGAUCAAACCUGUUGCCCAGGAACCAGAAGGAGCAUGGCGAAGCGACAAAACCGGAAACAUGGUCAUCCCAAAGGCGCCACCCAUGAAACACGAAUUCAGCAAGAUACCUCCGAAAACACCAGAAAGCAUGAAGGGUAUGACAAAUGGCCGCCCAGAUGACGUCAAACCCGUGCGAAUCAUACCAAUGGAUGUAAAGUCCUACAAGACCCAGCACGAGCCUCACAGACCGAUGCCUUUACGCAAUGACCCAGUGUUAGACGACGAUAGCGAUGACGAAGACGACGAUUUCGACGACAAAAAGAUCACAGUUCCACUUACAGUCACAAUGAUAGUCAUUGCUGGGUACAUCUUCGGCGGAGCCGUCCUGUUCGGCCUUUGGGAGAGCUGGGACUGGCUCCAGUCUGCGUAUUUCUGCUUUAUAACUCUCAGCACCAUUGGCUUCGGUGACGUAGUUCCGGGGACGGAUUUCGACAAUCCUCAAGCGCAGGCGCAGCUCGUUCUUGGCGCCAUUUACGUCCUGUUCGGAAUGGCGAUUCUAUCCAUGUGUUUUUCGCUCAUGCAGGAUGAAAUUAUCGCCAAAUGUAAAUGGGUUGGGCAGAAAUUGGGGAUCUUAGAUAAAAAUGAUGACGAAUAACAACUUGAAAUACACAAAAAAAGUGCUCGCAAUAUUCAUAAAAUUAAUAUAUUUUCAUACGUCAUUUCCGGUUUGUGCUAGUUGAUAGCUUUAAUGUUUCGUGUUGUGUGGUAGAAUUGGUUACAUUUUCAUUUCAUAUUAAUUUAUUGAAAACCUGAAAAAGCAAACAAAAAACAUUAUCAAACAAGCAUUUG